UCUCGCUCGGAUGUGAAGCGUAAAAGGAGGUUGGAGGAGAUCUACUGAUCAAUACGCGACAACGGGGAGUAACCUGAGCUGCUAAGCUGUGGAUGAGCUGUGCCACGAUGCGCCAAAAGUUGAGUCUCCGAGGGGAAAAUAAGAGGAAAAUAGAAGACUUCUGUUAGUUUCAAGGGAAUUCUUUGAGUUUUAUGGACAGGAAAGGAGGAGAAAAAUUAUCUGCCUUAUUUUUGUUGUCAAAGGAUGCUUCUACUUUUUACAGGACCUGCUCUCAGCUCCCUUAAAUCGGCCACUGACUGAACCUUUUACGCACCGGAGAAAAAGCGCCUCACGCAUUUCUUUCUUUUGCUGUAUUUUUUUCUUGUUCUUGUGGAUGAACUUUACGACGCCUUUUAAAUGAUUCGAGAUCUGAGCAAGAUGUACCCCCCGGCACGGCAUCCGGUGCCACACCAGCCGGGGCAGCCGUUCAAGUUCACCGUCACCGAGUCCUGUGACCGGAUCAAAGAGGAAUUUCAGUUCCUGCAAGCCCAAUAUCACAGUCUGAAACUGGAAUGUGAGAAACUGGCCAGCGAGAAAACUGAGAUGCAGCGACACUAUGUAAUGUAUUAUGAAAUGUCAUACGGGCUUAACAUCGAGAUGCACAAGCAGGCGGAGAUCGUCAAGCGGCUGAAUGCAAUCUGUGCCCAAGUCAUUCCCUUCCUCUCUCAAGAGCAUCAGCAGCAAGUGGUGCAGGCUGUGGAAAGAGCCAAACAGGUCACUAUGGCUGAACUCAACGCCAUCAUAGGACAGCAGCAGCUCCAGGCUCAGCACCUCUCCCAUGGCCAUGCCAUUCCAGUCCCGCUCACCCCCCAUCCAGCAGGCCUGCAGCCCCCUCUGCCCCCCGGUGCCAGUACUGCCAGCCUGCUGGCUCUGUCAUCAGCUUUGAGUCACCAGCUGCCACUUAAGGAUGAGAGGAAACACCACGAGAACAACAGUGAGCACACGAGAGACAGAGAUUCAGUUAAGAGUUCAUCCGUGUCUCCAUCAGCCAGUUUCCGGGCUGGAGAGAAACAUCGGAGUUCCAGCGAUUUUUCAUCCGAGAGCAAGAAGCAGAAGGCAGAUGACAAGGAACUGACCUCCAGCCGCUAUGAAAGUGAUGGAGAAAAGAGUGACGACAACUUGGUAGUAGAUGUCUCCAAUGAGGAUCCUACGUCUCCUAGAGGAAGUCCCGCCCACUCUCCUCGGGAGAACGGAUUGGACAAAAGUUGCCUGCUAAAGAAAGACGCCCCCCUGAGUCCUUCUUCUAUCGCCUCCUCUAGCAGCACACCUUCAUCCAAGUCCAAAGAGAUUAAUUUGAAUGAAAAAUCCACAACCCCCGUGUCCAAGUCCAGCACCCCAACAUCCCGUUCUGAGGCUCCCACACCCAGCAGCACCUCCACCCCUGGCCUGAGGCCUGCACCGAGUAAACCCACAGGAGCGGAGCUGCUGGCUUCCGGUCUCCGGACGCCGCUCGCAGUACCCUGCUCGUACCCCGGACCGUUCGGGAUGGUUCCUCACCCUGGCAUGAACGGAGAGCUGAGUGGAGCGAGCGCCGCCUACUCCGGCCUCCACAACAUCUCCCCACAGAUGAGCGCAGUGGCCGCUGCCGCCGUAGCAGCAUACGGACGCACGCAAGUGGUGGGAUUUGAUCCUCACCAUCACAUCCGUGUCCCAGGGCUUCCUCCCAACCUGUCAGGAAUUCCUGGUGGAAAACCAGCUUAUUCCUUUCAUGUGAGCGCUGAUGGACAAAUGCAGCCGGUGCCUUUUCCUCCAGAUGCUUUGAUCGGCCCUGGCAUCCCACGCCAUGCACGACAGAUCAAUACUCUCAGCCAUGGAGAGGUGGUGUGUGCUGUCACAAUCAGUAACCCGACUCGUCAUGUCUAUACCGGGGGCAAAGGCUGUGUGAAGGUGUGGGAUAUCAGUCAUCCGGGUAACAAGACCCCUGUUUCCCAGCUGGACUGCCUUAACAGGGAUAACUACAUUCGCUCGUGUCGCCUGCUUCCGGAUGGACGGACGCUAAUUGUGGGGGGCGAGGCGAGCACUUUGUCAAUAUGGGAUUUGGCUACACCAACUCCUCGCAUCAAAGCAGAGCUGACUUCAUCCGCACCAGCGUGUUAUGCUUUGGCCAUCAGCCCUGACUCCAAGGUCUGCUUUUCCUGCUGCUCUGAUGGAAACAUAGCUGUCUGGGAUCUUCACAACCAGACUUUGGUUCGGCAGUUUCAGGGUCAUACAGAUGGAGCCAGUUGUAUAGACAUCUCUAAUGACGGAACUAAACUUUGGACUGGAGGUCUGGAUAACACCGUUCGGUCCUGGGAUCUGAGAGAGGGACGGCAGCUGCAACAACACGACUUUACUUCCCAGAUCUUUUCUCUGGGUUACUGUCCGACUGGUGAGUGGCUGGCUGUGGGGAUGGAAAACAGCAACGUAGAGGUCCUGCACGUCACCAAACCUGACAAGUACCAACUCCAUCUACAUGAAAGCUGCGUGCUCUCGCUAAGAUUUGCUCACUGUGGGAAGUGGUUUGUGAGCACAGGAAAGGACAAUCUACUCAAUGCAUGGAGAACUCCAUAUGGAGCCAGCAUUUUCCAGUCAAAGGAGUCAUCCUCUGUGCUGAGCUGUGACAUCUCCAUAGAUGAUAAAUACAUUGUGACAGGCUCAGGAGACAAAAAAGCGACAGUCUACGAGGUCAUCUAUUAGGAAAGCUGGACUUAAAGGUCAUGCGUGCAUCUGGGCGUAAAGUCCCCGUCAUCAGUAUAAACAUUUUAUCCAGACAAACACAAAAACAUCCUGGGACCAUGACACUUUGACCUCCUGAUUCUGUUUGGUUGAGAAUCAAAAUGCACAAAGCACACAGAUUUUUUUAUCUUCCUUUUAUUUUCAAGUACUGUUUUGCUGGUGCAAGUAUAGAAGAAUGUCCAUGUACACUAAGUCUGAAUUGGCCAGAUAGCAUUCCUUCAUAUGACAUUUAACACAAGUAUCUCUUAUAUUUGAUUGUUUACAGCAUUUAUACAUAUCUAGCUUUAAACUUAGGUGAUCUGAAUGACACAUCUUUUAUAACAAGUUUUUAUUGUCAUUUCUGCAUAGUUUCUCUGCCUGAUUACGUCUCAGAGUUGACAUUAUGCCUUUAAAGGGUUCAUGACAGAGAGAGGUCGUAAUUACGCACAAGCAAAUUAGUUUUUAAGCAAUUGCAGACACUGACCAUUUUUUGGGCUGUUCCAGUAAAGAUGUGUAAAAAGCCUUUAAAUGAUUAAAUCUUUUCUUGAAUGCAUUAAAAAAAUAAAACACAGAAAAUUCCUCAUUAAAUUUAGUCAAUGAGGAAAAUGUAUUUUAAAAAAAUAAUUGUUUGAAAAUUAUUUUUAAAACCACUAGUGGCACCAGGUUCCCUCAUAGUUCAUUUGUGCCUAAUUUAAAGUAUAAUGAAGGAACUGUGAAACUGAGGAGGUAUUUCUCUUUCAAAUAAAUUGAAAUCCAACCAUGGUAAAAUAAGUGUGUGAUGACUAGGUCAUUCAGGUUAAUAUUAAUCUAAAAUAUUGUAAUUGUUCACUCACUCAGCUAAAUUCAGCCUACAUCUGUGACCUAAAUCUUAUAGAAAACCUGUGGAGUAAAUUGAAGAGGAGAGAGUAGGAAAAGGGGCCAAGAACUCUUAUCUGGAGAGAUUGUCCUGUUGCCUAAAGGAGAUUGUACAAAAUACUGACAGUAGGGGUUUGUUGGCAACAAAUACCCAGAUUAAAGGUACUAUAAAGUAAUUGUAAUUGUAAAAUUAUGUUACCGCAAUAAAAGUUUAGUUCCUUUCAAGGGAGUUUUCACAUUUUUACUAUUGGUGCCGGCAAUGUGUCUGUACGUAAGGGGCUUUUUUUAAAGACAAAAUUAUUUUAAUAACAUGGGCUUCAAAGGCAAUAUGUUCAUAUUUAUUAUGUUGAUGUAUUUUGUUUCCCUUCACUUUUCACUUUUAAACUUUUACAUGUUUUCUUAAAUAUUUCUCAGAAAAGCCUUCCACAUGCCAGAAACAACAACAACAGUUAUUUCAUCACAGUUGCAUGUUGAGGGGUGCUUGUUGUUGAAGCCAUCUCAGAAAGCUUCUUUAAAAUCUCUGUGCUCCUUCAAGGACUGACAAGGAGAGGCAACAUGUUGAACAAAAGGGAGCUGACCUUUAAGAAGUAGUUUGAGAGGACACGCUAAAUAAACACACUAAUGAAGAGGAAAAAAGAAAUCAUCUUAGCCUAAGGACUUAUAUUGUAAAGACUAGUUUGCCCAAUCCAAAAACAACAAGAUGUCUACUGUACAGAGGUGUGUGAUGUAUUUAAACUUUAUUAUCUGCACUCAUUAAACAAACAUGUAAAAAAAAAAAAACAAUUUUCAAAUGUGCUGAAAGAUUUCUUUUUGUAUUUGAACAGAUGAGGCUUAUUAUUUUCUGUUUUUUAUUGUUUAAGAUGCAGGUUAUUACCCUCAGUAUUUUCUACCAGUAUUCCUGCUUACUUUUCCCGCCUUUUCUUGUAUUUCAGCUUGAGGCUGGGAGUUCAUACACACAUGUGUGUGUUUUGUGUCUAUGUUUCGAUCUUGUGGGCGAUUUAUGAGAAAAACUGCAGAGACAGCCAUCGGUGUCCUCACUCCUGACUGACCGUUGCACUUGGUUCUGUCUCCUAGUUUGGACUCCAAUGAAUGCUCUUUCACUCUCCUCUGAUAGGUUUUUUUUUGUAAAACUGAUAUAUUGGUGUUUUGAAGGUCAGCUUUCUCAUUUCUGAGCUUGGUUUUCUGGUUGUGGACUUUUUUUUCUUUUUCUACCUAUAAAAAAAAGAACAAAAGUAGUCGUGAUCGGACAGGAUUAACUUUGAUUUAGUUCUGUUAGCUUCUUGUAAAAAAAAAAAAAAAAAAAAAGACAGAAAAAACACAGUGCCUUUAUGCUUCUAUGCUUCUUGGAUUUCCUUUUCACUCUCCUGCUUGUUCAAUAGUACUCGGAGCAUAGAUGUAACUUUGUUUUACAAAUGUCAUUAUUAUAAUUAUUAAUUUAAAUAACUAUGGUAGCCACAAAGUCAGAAGAUACAUAGAGGUAAAAUUUGUAUGCUGCAAACAUCAUUAUCAAUCCAAUUCUGAUUAAUCUUGUCAAAUUUGAGUAUUUCUAAAGCAUUUCAAAUGUUCAUCAUAGAUUUAAGUGGCAGCAUACAAGUCUUACAUUUAUUGUAUGGUAUCAAAUCUACUUGGUGAAAAAUCAUGUAGACUAACAGCAGAUUAAAUCAUCAAAAUAUUGGAGAUUAUGUCAGUAUCUACAUAAGUGUCUGAGGUAAAAUAUAAAACUGAUAAAUAUGGCCCAAAACUACUAUUUCAUCCAUGCAUCUCUUUUUUUUCUCCAAACCCACUGUAUGUAAUCUUUUGAAGCAGCAGUAUGUAACUUUUAUUCAGAAAAAAUAUGUCUUUUUACAUAUUUGCUAAAGCUAACACUAUGUCGUGACAGUAUGGAAUGAGAAAUAAUCUGUGAUGAAAUCAAGCUCCUCUGCCUUCUCCCAGUAUAAGUAUUGCCACAUGUAUGCACAGCUCCUGAUCAGAAACAAUCAAUCAGAGCCAGGGGGAAAGUCUUAGUGCUGCAAAUUGUACUGUGUAUGCGCAACUACAUGUGCCAAUGGGAGAUAAACAACUUACAGUUACAGCAAAACUCAUUCAUUUGCCGCCAUCGAUGUCAUACUUAAUCUAAGUAGUCUGAUGGAAGACUCUGCUGAUGGGGAGAAGUCGUAGUGUAGCAGAGAGGAAAGGGAGGUUGUGGGCAGCAUGCUCACAAGAAUGAUUGACAGUGCUAAGACCCUCCUCCUCUUCUGAUUGGUUGUUUCUGACCAAGUGGUGUAUUUCUGCAGUUAGCACUGGGAGCUUGAUUUAUUUUACAGAUUAUCAGUCUUGUUUUAUACUGUCAUGUCAUGGUGACAGUUUUGACAAAAUGUAAAAAGAUAUAUAUUUUACAAACCUAUUGAUUAUCUGUUGAACUGGAUUCUCUUCUGCUUUCAUCCAGAAAACCUGAAAUGUGUUUUUAUUGUGCUCAGUGUAAAAAUCCAAACCUGAAUGUUACCUUUCUCGCUUCAAUGCUACAUGAGCUACACAACAUCAAAUACUCAUUAUAUACCAUAAAUUAAUGUACAGAACACUUGACUGAGCUCAUGAAGGUGUUACAACUUGACUGUAAAAAUGUAAUUAUUUAAAAGAAUUCUGUCACCAGUUGAGCUUUUAUUCUUUCAGUGUAAAAUGCCUUCACUCUCUUUUCUAGUCUGUGAUUGAUUUUAUUAAAUUAUUGUGUGGAUUAA